AUGGACGCCGGCUCUCUGGGCAGCUGCAGCAGCGGAGGCGGCACGCCGUCGCCGCCGACGCUCACGUUCGGCUCGCCGGCGGCUGCCGCGCACUCGCCGUCGCGCUGCCACUGCCCCCGCCACCCAAGCAACCUGGUUACGGUGUCUUGCACGCGCUCAACGGUGGCCGCGCACUGUACGGGGCCAUGCGGCCAGCCGCCGUCUCCUCCGGGCAUCCCAUCGGACGCGUCGGCCACCGACUGCCGGCUGAUCGACUACCGCGGCGCCAAGGUAGCCGCGUUCCUCGUGAACGGCGAGUACCUUCUGUGCCUGCCGCAGGCGUUCGAGCUGUUCCUCAAGCACCUCGUGGGCGGACUACACACGGUGUACACCAAGCUCAAGCGGCUCGACAUCACUCCCAUCGUGUGCAACGUCGAGCAAGUGCGAAUCCUGCGCGGACUGGGCGCCAUCCAGCCCGGCGUGAACCGGUGCAAGCUGCUCUCGUGCAAGGACUUCGACUCGCUCUACAAGGACUGCACCACUGCCAGGUCAGCGAUGCGCUGUGCUCUUUUUUCUUUUCUCCGGUGUCGGUGCACGCUCGAGAGCCGUGUCCUUUAA